GGAUUUGGGAGUGACGCGGAUAUGAAAGCUAGUUUAUCCCUCUUUCCUUCGCUAUGACAAUUAUUUAGACAAACUCGACGGGCGACUGCCAGCCCGAAUCAAUUUACAAAUGAAGAUGCUAAUAUUUGUCGUUCGUCAAAGUAAUUUUUAGAGGAGUGUGUAGUGGUUUCGACUGAUUUAUCACCUCGGGAUUAUAGUAGUUGUUGGCAGGGCCGUCCUCCUCCUCCUCCUCCUCUUCCUCCGAGCUGCUGCUGCUGCUGCUGGGAUAACUUUGGAGAAGUUCUUUGUAUUCGGGAGACUCUCACCACAGCUUGGUCAACAAGCUGAACAUGGACUGGGGCACAGAACUUUGGGUGAGUCUGUCAUCUGGCUUGCUGUGAAAGUCGUGAUAUUUGUCCGGGUGGCAACCAUGCGGCUUAUUUCGAUAAAGUGAGGCACAGUUUACCGUGUUUGUGGGGAAGAAAUGAGAGCAGAGGCGCCGAGUUUGUGUGUGUGGAGCUGCAGGACGGUGCAUUCAGGAGCACAGCCUCGUUUACGGACACUUCUUCUCCGCAGUUUGUAGUUGAAACAAAGAGUUGAAGCUCCAUAAGGAGGUGUUACUCUUGUGUUUUAUGGGUUUUGCCUUUACCAGGCAAAGUGCUUUUCCACGGUUACUGAAGUUCAGACUAAUUUCAAAUCCAAAUCACCUGCGUUUAUCAUAUCUGGACAUUGAAAAGCAGGAUUUAGGUCUCCUUUAUUUUUAACUAUCUAACAGAAUCUUCAUUAUAUGCUCACAUUUAUGUCUAAAAUUGUGUCACACUUUGUGGUCUGGACACUGUGUUAGAUGCUCAGGAGUGGGUUGAACCUCGUGGGAUGUUUCACUGUUUACUAAGGCAGGGACGAUAUGCUUUUCUCCCGAUUUUUUUCGAUGCCGAUUCGAUUUAAAUUGCGAUUCUACGAUAUUCGUUGAUUUUCUCGAUUUUUUGUCUGCAUCAUUAACACCAGUGAAAUCAUUGAACGAUUAUGAUUGUCUACUGACUAUUCCAGGAACCAUAUUGCCCCCAAAAAUACACAGCACAUGUAAGCCAGUUUUUAAGAUUUCUUCUUUAUUUGAGAAAAAGAAAAAAAAAUCGAUUUAAAAAUUGUAAAACAAAAAUUGCGAUACUUAUGUGAAUGGAUUUGUUUCUCCCACCCCCACUGUUUACAGUCUGGCACUCCUUGCAACCACAGAGAUGAAAUCAGAUGCUGCAAUUUGCCACAAAACAAGCUUUUCCAAUGAAGAUGAAGCGCAGUAUGUCUGCGCAUCAGUGAUGGAUUUGUUUGCUCAAUAAACAUGAUGUUGGUUUCAAGAAAUCUUGAUUUUCUUAACGACUUUGGCUGGGAAUUCUCAAAGAGGAGGGAUGCUUCAGUCCACAACAUGUAAGCCACUUUAUGUCAACAACAGUUACACUAUCCAGGAUCCAAACAAUCCCUGUUGAAAGAUCCCCAGCGUGCUGCAUUUCACCUUAAUGACUGCUACAGUUUCUGUGCUAUUGAGUCAAUUCUCAUUUGUCAAGUCUCCAAAAUAUAUCAGAUAAUAUAUUCUGAUAAUGUGGAGUAAUUGCAAAAACUCUCGCUCGCUCUUUCUUCAAGAACCUGGAUAUGUAAUUGGAGCAUUGCAAAAGUGAGGAAAGCAAGGUUGUGACCUGAUUUCAGCCCUCCCCCCCAGGCCUCCUCCUCUGUCCCUUUUCAAUCCUACAUACUGGUGCAACAGCCUAAUUAGUUUUGCCCUACUUUGAUGAGUUAGAGGAAAAUGUGUACCCCAUUAUUAAUCAGAGGCUCUUUCCCUGCAGACAAGUCUUCCUGUUCAUCCCAUGGACUUGUUUCACUUUAUGUAGACUAAACACACAGACGCCACCUUUGACAGUCAGUGUGGAGUACACAUUAUUUGAAUAAAUGUCCUUGUGCCACAGGGUUUAUUUCCUGUAUCCUCACCUGUUUGGUUUGCUGAAGCCCUGAAGGCAUAAUUGGUGCGGGUAAUGUUUGGCUUGAGAGUCAUCCCUCGGGCAAAGUCAGCUCUAUGGCAUCUGUCCCCUGAUUGUCGUUAAUCCAGUGGCUAUUUUAAGGCACAAGUUUGCAGAGUGCAAAGGAAGUGUCUAGGUAGUGUCUGUGAUAGUGAGUGUUGCCAGGCCAGACCUGAGAACUAGGCUGGGGCAGGUCUGACAGGGCUGGGUCCCUCUUGUUCGAGAAGCCGGGGUGACUCAGGGCUGAAACAUUCACCCAAGCCGUGUUGGUUGGUGACUUUCAGGGUGACUCCUUGAGAAGUUAUGUUUCAUUCACUGGAUGCUGGUAAUCUUGCUGGUAGUUCUGGAAGUAUUAGAAGAUUAAGUGCAUCUUGACAUGAUUGUGUCUCUGUUUUGAUUAGACUUCUAAAUUUUAAAUUUUGAAGCAAUAUUUCAUACCCUUGAAUAAAUCCUCGCCAUAAUGAAGCAGUUUUAUGUAUUUUCUCCUAAACCACAGUGUUGAAAAGGGGAAGAUGAGAAAAUGCUUCUGACAGUAGUUCUUAAUCCUCCAAAGUGACACUGAGGUCAAAGUAGCUGGGCUAAUGUAAAAAUGAAACAACUAGAAAUGCAGCAGUAACCAGUCGCAGUAUUUUCUGUUUAGUGUGACAAUGGCUGAUGCCAAUAUUUACAGAGCAAGUCAGGUGAUGGCUGAUCUGUAAUGCUAAGAUCACAUUUCUAUCAUCAUUGUUUGUUAUUUGCAACUUUAAAAUGUGUGUAUGGUUAUUUUUGCCAAUAACAUGUUUUGGAUGGAUUUCUUAUCAAAGGUCUCGUAAAGAUAUUUUUGUUUUGUUUGAUGAAAUAGUCUACAAUUCAUAUUUAUGCCCUUUCAUGUUAUCCAGAAGUAGAUAAGACCAGCAGGGAAGAGACUGUGAGGGGGUAGAUGUCAGCAGUCAAGCAGCACAUGAAACAGUCCCAUAUUUACAGUUCUCGUACAAAAUAUUCACAAUAUAUGGUAUAUUUGCCUGUCAGAGGUCAACAGGAUGACAUUUUUUUUUGGUUGCCAGAAGACACCACUUUAAAGGGAUAUUCCAGCGUAAAAUUAAUUUAGGGUCAAACACACCGUAACACUGUGUUAGACACCCCCUCAAGAGAUGAAUGUUCUUCUCUAAUUAUACAAACUUUAGUAAUGACCACACGAUAGCAAAACACAGCGGUCUGAGGAGCCAUAAACAAACCUCAACCAAAACGCCACUCUAUAGCCACAAAUAAUGCUCAGAACAGCACCUAACUUCAUCAACAGUACAUAUAGGGUCCUAGCCACAGUACUAGCCACCAAACAUCUUUUUAGCUUUGCCUGAUUUCUUCAGCAAAGAGACUAAACACAACUCACCUACUCUCUUCCAGCAGCCGCUUGUUUGUAGCGAGACCUUGGGCCAUUUCUUCAUGGAAAUACAAUCAGACCGAGACACUAGGGCAGAGGAACUACUGCGUUUUCAGUGCAAAAUUAUUAAUAUGGUGAUUAUGACCUAAAGGAAAUGAUAAAGUUAUCACAAAUGUUCUUCCUUGAGCUGCAUCACCCCACAGCUGUCCGUAUUGGACUGACAAAGACUGCUUUGAAUACCGGUGGUGCCAAAAUUGACACUAACCCAAAGUUCCUUACUGGAAUUUUGAGUCAUAAAAUCAUACAAUAAAUAAGGUUUUGCGAUAGAUUUCAAAACAUAACUGAUUUAUGACAGAAGAGAUGUUUAACUGCAUUAUUCUGUAUAACAGAAUUUACAGAAACACACUGAGGAGACUUCCUGCAGUGAGCGCAGACAUCAUCUCUAUAUUAUUUUUAUCUGUUAUCUGUGAGUGCACACAUCUGCCAAUGGUGUUUUUUUUUUAUAUGCCAUUAAUCAAUUGGCCUUACUGAUUAAUCUGAUUUGAAAAUGACUUUGACUGUGGCUUAAACAGAUAGGCUGCAAAUUGCUGCAUUUAGACUCAGCAAGUUGAUUCAGUGGAUUUAGAGAGUUUUUUUUUUUUUAUAAGCCUGGCCCCUUAACUGGGGUAAUGCUGCUUUUUAAUCAAGCUGUCAUGGUUAAGUUACAGAAUAUAUCAGUGGCUCCUUUUUCUGCCCUUAAAAAGCUCUGCUUAAGAGGUCAUCUGAGGCUCCCUCUUUUGGACGAGGAUGCAUUUUCAGACUGGAGGCAGGAAAUGUUUUAAUCGAAGAAAGAAAGUGAUGAAGUAGAAAUGCCUCAAAGGGCUAAACGGUAGUUACUAUCACUGUAUUGAAUAACUGAUGAUGAUAUUAGAAGUAUAUUCAGUCUGCUAGUACAGUUUGAUAGUUAUGAAGCCACAAACGCAAACAAAAUCAUUUUUUUUCCUGCUGCCUGCAUCACUAAUAAUCCCAUGACAUGUAUUUGAAAAGCCAUUUCACUGUUGUGAAAAGGAGCAGCAGGACAACAACCCCUCAUAAUGUGUUGAUGAUGCAGCCUGGUGUGAAAAUGGUAGACUCGGUUGGAUAGUAAAAUCAACACAUUUGGCCCCACGCUGCGACACCAUCGCAUCUAUGGUGUAGUAUAGUUCUGGACAUAUGAGAAAAAUUAACAAUAAAGCUUUAUUUGUACUAUCACCCUCGUUAAACGGGGAGUAAUAAAGUGCUAAAUGGGAAAAUAAAACAGAGCAGGCUUGUAAAAAACAGUUUAAAUCAAACAAAUUAAGCACCAAAAACAAGACCAGGACUUGGUUAUGAGCAGCACAUUUUAUGAAAGAUGCAAAAAUUCAUACGACUGUUACAGCUCCAGAGAAAGGCUUCAGGACAUCAAACUCUCCACAUAAUCCUUUCUUUUCACAGCUAAAAUGAUAAGACAUUACAUCCUGCUCAUGGAUUGCACACAGUACACUUUAGUAAGGCGUUUACUGGGGUGUAAAUAUUGCUCAUUUUUGACUCAUUUUUAGAAGUUAGUCACAAAAAAGUGGUUUGGCCACACCUCGUCCACGAUCGCUUACCAGACAAAUGUUAUCCUCUGAAAAAAUCUUGACACUGUUUUUCACACAGACUGAUUAAUAUUUAAUGUGCCUGGAGGUUAUAGUUUUUCAUUUCUGCUCGCACACCUUCAACUUCUCACAUAAGGACCUCUUAGUCAUGCAGUUGACCAUCCAUAAUCGAGAUCUGAAAUUCUAAUGUAUCAACUCUUCUGUAAUGAGAUAUUUGGCUUUAAAUCUGAAUCUGUUUUUAUCUAGAACAAGUUGUACAGUUCAGCCCUGGCUGGUGUGCAUGCAUCCUAAGUUCCCUUUUUCAUAAUUAAGUUCUGACACAUCUCAUUCUCGACAUGUUGCAGCGAGUUGCAUGAAAGCAUCUCUGAUUUUGACAAGAGCAAAAAACAAGGCCUCCAGCAAGCCUUCUUAACAACCACUUCAAAUUAGUUCUUGCUCCUUCUCCAUUCAGUUACAAUCAUAUUUUCAAUCCUGCCUUGUAUAGUGGUGGUACAUGAGUUGUAUUGAAAAGGCAGAGGCUAAACUUAGUCCCAUUCUUCAUUUUUCUUCUCUUUUGUUCUACCUAAAAACUAGGACAGGUUCAUCAGAACAAGGCCAAACUUGUCAGGAAUCCCCUUUCCUGUAUUACCCUGUCCUCAAUACUCAAGUCAGCAGCAAUAUAGCUUAGGGGGAUUGUUUUGAUUGUAGAGUGAGAGGAGAUUGCCUCAGAUAUUGUCUCUUUCUCUCAAAAGACUUGUCUGAACCUGAAGGUGUCAUAAAUUGCUCGCCAAAAAAGGAACGAAGAAGAAUGAGGAAAAUGUUAUCCUUCCUUUAUUCUGUAAAACAGGGAAAGGAAAAGUCAGCAAAUUUAGCUGCGUUGUGCGCGGGUUUUUAAAUGAACAACAAUAUAAGAAAUAGGUCAAAGGUUGAGCUAAUUAGGAUGAUGCAAAUCUCAUUUUCUAUACCGUAUUGUGCAAAAGAAUCCCCUACGGAUCCUUGAUAUGAAAACGUGUCUGUCCACAUAGCGCAGCACCACCUUUUCCUUCCCAUGACCCCCAUGUCCUUUGACUACCCUCUGCAAAUGAAAACAGGACACAAUUCCUAAGACUUCUCUGAAUAAGUUGGGAUCAUUUGUGCACCGAAAUAUGCAGAAACAAAUGUGAAUACGCCUAUUUUUACCUCCCUUUUAGGAUAAAUUUAGAUGACCUCAAACUCAACCAGAACAUCCCAUUUGACACGCAGAUGUUAAGUCAAGUUCAAGACAUCAUCUCAUUAUUUGUCUCUCAUGCGUCUUUCUCCAGGAUCAAUAUGACAUCAUUGAGAAGCACACGCAGUCGGGCCUGGAGCUGGUGGAGAAGUAUGUGAAGUUUGUAAAAGAGAGGACAGAGAUCGAGCAAAACUAUGCCAAACAACUGAGGUAGGCCGAGCUCUUGUCGCCUCAACUGCUAAUGUGUUGUUGUUGUUGUGUGUUGGUGUCCAUGUUAAAAGGCUGGUUAUGAAAUGUGUGCGGAGUCUUAUGACAACUCUGGGACAGAAUCAAACUUGUCUGAGGAACACUGGCCUCUUUCUCCAGCUGCCUUUGCUCUCUCUCUCUCUCUCUCUCUCUUUCUCUCUCUCUGUCUCUCUCGCUCUCUCUUUCUCUCUGUCUCUCUCGCUCUCUCCCAGUUGUGUCCCAGUGUGCAGGCCCACAUCUGGUGCAGAGCUGCUGAGCUUUGCUGGAGAGGAGAGGAAGUGGGAGCAGACUGGGCACAUGAUAGACAGGAAGUGGUCAGAAGCAGAGCGAAAGAAUGAAGCACAGCUAUUUUAAUAAGUUUACAGCGGACUUUUGUUUUAAUCCUAUUGUUAAGGAAAAUCAGUGGGCGCAUUUACAGAGCUGUCUUCAGUCGGCGCCUAUAUAUCUGUCUAACCAACUGUUUGACAUGUUUUACUGUCUGCAGGAACCUUUCAAAGAAAUAUAACCUCAAAAGAAGCAGCAAAGAUGAACCAGAGUGCAGGUGAGCAAACAUAAAUAAUCUAGUAAUGUUUAUAAUUCGUGGUGAAAGCCUGCUGGAAUCAGCUAAUGAGAACCAAACAUUUGCAGCCAUCUGUGAUUAAUGCACAUUAUGCUGUUGUUUGGGGAAGGAACCAGGAAUCAGGAAGUCACAAGCCUCUUAUUAUGACUUGGCCCACCUCCUCUUUGGGCCCAUGUGCGUUUCAUCUUAUCAGCUGUCCCAUCACUCUGUCCUGAUUGCUCCACCCUUUCCUCUCCCCUCCUUUGAAACGGCAGGCUGUCCAGCUACCAGUCUUUUUUGGACAUCCUGAACGAGACAAACGACUACGCAGGGCAGCGAGAGCUUAUCGCCGAGAACAUGAUGAUGAACAUUUGCAUCGAUCUCACCAAGUACCUGCAAGAGAUCAAGCAGGAGAGAAAGACGGUGAGCGUGAUAAACAGUGAGCAAGGACAGCGCUGAAUCAGGCUGUCAGUUUGCAGCCUCUGUUUGUCUGCUGAAAAUCCCCGCUAAAAAAAAUCUAUCUGGAUGAUAAAAAUGAUUAAAGGAGCUUUUUAAAAACACCUUGAAAGAAAAAAAAAAACAUUGGAUGAUUUGUUUAAUUGUUAAAAGAAAAAUUUUAUUUCCGGAAAACAUUUCUUAUGCAUGCACAGGAUAGCAUGGGCAAAGAGAUGAAGUAAUACUUUUGACCACAGGGGGUGCCAGAGCGGAUUCAAACUUGAAACUUCCAUAUCUGAGCUUUAAAAACUAUUUGGCUUACUCAUCAAAAAAUGUCAUUUACACUAGACUUUUAGCAUGAAACACACUUUGUUCAGACUCACUCAAGAGAAACUUGUCCUGAUAUCCUUACAGUCUUGUUGAUCACCCAAAACUGCAGCUUGCUAGUUGUGUUGUGUGGAGGGCUAUGGCUUUAUUUUCUUAAAGGGAUAUUCCGGUGUAAAAUGAAUUUAGGGUCAAACACACCGUAAGAGUUAGACACACCCUUGAGAGAUGAAUGUUGCCGACCGCUUGCUUCUCUAGUUAAACCAACUUUAGUAAUGACCGCACGAUAGCAAUACACAGCGGUCUGAGGAGCCAUAAACAAACCUCAAACAAAAACGCCACUCUAUUGCCACAAAUAAUGCUCAGAACAGCACCUAACUUCAUCAACAGUACAUAUAGGGUCCCAGCCAUAGUACUAGCCACCAAACAUCUUUUUGACUUUGCCUAAUUUCUUUAGCAAAGAGACUAAACACAACUCACCUACUCUCUUCCAGCAACCACUUGUUUGUAGCGAGACCUCGGGCCAGUCCAUUACAGACUGCAGUGGGGUGAUGCAGCUCAAAGAAGAACAUUUAUGAUCAUUUCUUUAUCAUUUCCUUGAAGAAAUAAUCAUCAUAUUAAUCACUUUGCACUGCAGACGUGGUAGUUCUUCUGUCUUAGCGUCUCGGUCUGAUUGCAUUUCCAUGAACAAAUGAUCCGCAACAUUUAUCUCUCGUGGGGGUGUCUAACUCGGUGUUACGGUGUGUUUGACCCUAACUUAAUUUUACGCUGGAAUAUCCCUUGUUACUUCAAAAAUGUUACUUCAGGUGACUUUAUUGAGUUUAUUUUGUCCAUCAAAUGGUUAAUAAAUUCAAAUGAAAACCACACAACUAAGACAAAUCAGCAUAUUUUCUCAUCUGGGAACCACAAACCACUUUUUAAAUUCAUAUUUCCCAAACAAACCUAAAGAAUUAUGUUGUUAUUAAUGCUCUGGAUCAGUUUUCACCAGAAGUCGUUGACACUUCAUAGUAAAUAUUCUGUAAUCUGUUAAGUCUACAAGCUGAAAACAUACAGAACAAGGUUUCUAUGAAGAGUGUACAGCAUACUGAGAGAGGAAGAGAGUGAGACUUUGAGGAGGAGGAGUGUAGAUCUCAUUGCUGUGGAAGGAAGGAAACCUUGCUUAGUAUCUCCAGAGGGAAGUAAGGUCUGAACGUGGUGUGCCAGUUCUCUAUGAGGAAUGAAUUGGCCGUGUCCCACCGGAGUGCCGAAAGCUGCAGCCGCACACAGACUCUCACUGCAGACGUGAUGUCUCAAACAGACACUCUGGUAUUUGUUUUCUUGUCUGUUAUGUUGUGUGGCUUUUGGAGGUCAUUGUUUAUUCUAUGUCUGCCCUUACACAUGGCUGUCUCUCUCUCUCUCUUUCUCUCUCUCUGUCAUCUGACCCCCCCGCCCGCCGUCCCACCUCCUCCUCCUCUCACUCGGUCUAUUUUUAUGAAUGUCUGCAGUAUCUAAUGGAGGCCAAGAAGGCUCAGCAGAGUCUGGAGAGCACCUACAAGCAACUCGACAGUGUAAGUCAUUGACUGCGGUUGGUCAGGUGGCUAUAUUUAACUAAAGUAAAAACAGAUGGACUGAGUGGAAAGCAGCUCCUUCAUUUGAACUUCUAUUCCACGAGCUGUUUGGUUUUGAUUGGAAAUCUAACAAUCAGCAUUCCCGAUCGUCUCCGUCUGUCUUUUUCUAGAAAGUUGGAGAAAAAAGACACACACUGCUGAAAAUAGAAGAACCUCCUCAUAUUUCAUUCAUGCAGUAACCUCACUUAACUGAAUGAACUCAACUUAUUCCCUCUCGAUUUCUUCCCCGCACAUCAGAGUAAAAAGCGCUUUGAGAGGGAAUGGAGGGAAGCGGAGCGUGCAGCGUUGUACGCGGAGAAGACUGAUCAAGACAUCAACGCCACAAAGGCAGAUGUUGAGAAAGUAAGAGAGGGCGGAAAUGAAAUAUGCAUCGAAAGACUAUUCUCUAUGAUCAAAAGUGGAAUCAGAUGCACUCGGUUAACUUGUGUGUGUGUGUGUGUUUGUGUGUUUUUUUGUGUGGUGCCAGGCCAAACAGCAGGCUCAUAUGAGAGCACACAUCGCCGAGGAGUGUAAGAACGACUACGCUGCUCAGCUUCAGAAGUACAACAAAGAGCAAAGCCAGUUCUAUUUCAGUGAUAUGCCACUCAUUUUUAAUGUAAGUGACCUCUACAUCAAGUUGUUUUUCAAAGGAAUUCAAAGUCCGUAACUGGAAUUACUUUGGGAAUACAUUGCCAAACUUGUAGCUUGCAUGAAUUGUUAUAUUAAGUCAUAAACAGACAUUUUGAUUCCAAAAAUUUGACCCAGAUUUUUGAAAGAAAGAAAGAAAACCACAACCAUCUCUCCCAGAUGGACUCCAAGAUAGAAGGAUGAACCCUGGUUGAAUCUGUUAAUAUUCAUGGGACCUUUUCGCUUUCUAAAGUUCAGGCUGUGAGAUUUUGUGAGAGCUUGAUCGAAUAUAUCUGAUUCUUGUAUAACUCUAGACGCAGAUGCAUGCUGUAUUGUGGAGUAUUUAUUACACCCUUAAUCAACCUUAACAAUGGCAACGUCUGCUGUGUGUUUACCAGAAAUUACAAGAUCUGGAUGAGAGGCGAGUACGAAAGUUGGCACAAGGCUACAUCUUGUUCUCAGACACAGAGAAGCAUGUGAUGCCAAUCAUUGGCAAGUGCCUGGAGGGCAUUACUAAAGCCGGCACUAAUGUUAAUGAGAGGAAUGUAAGUCCGUCUCGAAGAACCAAGUUUUGAAGCAACAUGUCUUUGUGUCUCUUAUUGUCUGAUUCUUAUCCGUAUUUGUCUUAAUGAAGGACUCCAUGGUUAUAAUAGAGCAGAACAAGUCCGGCUUUGAACGUCCUGGGGAUUUGGACUUCGAAGACUACAGCCAGGGCAUCAACAGAGCCUCAUCAGACAGCAGCCUGGGCACACCCAAAGGUCCAGUGGAGUUUUUGUCAAAGAACAGGAGCAAAAACUUCUGGCUCUUCAAGAGGAGUAAGGUAGGAAGUCCCACACGCUCUGAUGAUCUGAUUCAGACUAAAUGGUUCUAUUUGCAUUGUGAGAGCUGUUCAGCGACUGCAGCAGCAGAAAAUCCCCUCUAUCAUCACUAAACAGCGUCAGGUUUAAGGACCUGCAGGUGGGCAAUCAGCUGGAGAGGUAGCAGACAGGGACAACAGUUUUCCCUUAGAGAGAGGGAGAGCGCUCAUGAUGCUGUGGUUGUGGCUUUACACACACAUACAUACACACACACACACACACACACUACUUUGUUGUGCAUGAACCUCUUUCAUUGUAGUGUACAUGAACUGAAAUGCACCCCUCCACUUCUAGAACAGGUCCUUGCAUGACUCUGGCUCCCAACUCCCUCUAUCCAAAACACACACACACACACACACACACACACACACACACACACACACACACACACACACACACACACACACUCUCUCUCUCUCUUUCUCUCUUUCUGCAGUGUGGUUUCCAAUAGGUCAACAGGCAGUCAGAAUUCUGCUGUGCUUGUGCUUUCAUCAGCACAGGGCCUAAACAACAUUGAAUUUUCCUAUACAGGCAUCCACAAACACACUGCAGCCAUUCUACUGCUCAGAAAGUAGCAUUAUGUCCGUCAUCACAAUAACAUCUUUGUGUUGACAAUCAGGAUGCCACCGAGGUUUACCAAGGCCAGACAAACUGGAUCAGGUUGGACCGCACAUUUAUAUUUGGGUCCAGAGCGCUUCACCUCGUCCUAAAUCAAAGCUUUUAUCUCUGCGAUUCAAACCGUAACUGAGGGAGGGGGGGUAUGAGAAGCUGACCGCGCAGCAGCUAACGCGCCCCCCCUCCUCCUGCCCCAGCUCUGAAUGAUCCCUUCUUUCUCCCCUCGCAGUGUUUGCUUGUUCAGCGCCUCUCUUCUCUCUGCAUGUCUUACUGGCUGUGCUCGGCUGUGCACCCUUCCUGUUCUGUGUAUGUGUGUGGCACACUGCUCUGUGUCAUCAGUCAUGCUCUCCCAAUUAGGCCUGUAGCGGUAUGAAUAGGGGGGCUGGCUAUACUAGCCUGGGUGAGCUUUUGGUUUAUGUCUGGCCUCUUAACAGCCCUCCUGUACCUAGGUUCCCAUAACUCUCGGGAAAAAUAGCACCCAGCCCGUACAUGUUCACAUAAUGAUAGUGCUGUACUUCCAGCUCUUACUAUUUACACAAGGGACCCUGUUGUAGGGCUGUUUUAGACCCUCGCUAUUGAAGACUAGAAGACAUCAGCCUCCUGUGUAAUUUAGCUAAUAGAGCCCACCCCUACGUUCCCACUAAGACAUCCCACUGAGACUGAUAUUUUACAAAGUUCACCCCUAGGCAUGUUUUCAACUUAACCUCUUUUCGAGAGGUCAUUUGGGGAAUGUAAGAAGCCCCCUUUCCCGACUGCAUUCACAUCUGACACUCUGGUUAUUAAGAGAGCUAUUUAUAACAACUGCAACCUAUAUGCCUCAGUAUUUUAUCUAUAUAGGUCAGACUCUGCAUAGCACAGGUUCUGGCCUACAGAGCAAGCUGGUGAACUGGUGAACUCAGCUGGAGGAAUGUGUUUUUUUUCUUUUCUGAUUACUUGGCUCUUGUUUUUUUUCAGAGUUUGUGCCAACACAACUGUCAUUUAUGGAAACUUUUGUGGUAAUGUUCACCUAAACAUAAAAUGAUAAAUGUAACUGGGUAGAGUAUGACAGUACAAAGAAAAUAAAAACUAACACAAGUGGCUCCUAAAUAUUAAUGUUGACAAAAGACAGCUUGGCUGACACACUUCUCUGCUUGCUUUCAUUCCAAGUAUGAAGUAAUGGGAAUUGGAGGUGCUUAUUAUUAUCACAUGUUGCAUAAUUUUCUAAGUUUCUUUUGCAGUGUCUAUAAGGCUGUAGUAAAAUAUUUCGAUCUCUGAAAACCAGGCAGUAUAAAAUGUAAAAAUUAGAUCGAUUCAAACAAACGCAGUCCAGUCCAGUGUUAGGCUGCUGGUGCAGGAGCUGCGAUGGGUCUAGCUGAUUUUUGAUGUCUAUGCUGAUGGAGGCAGAAGAAACAGAAGAGUGUUUCUGCAUCCAUGCUGUCAGAGCUCAUGUGCUGGGUUCGCUCAGUGUUGUCUUCCUGGCUUUGUGGUGUGCUUCAAGGUGUUGAUGGUGUUUUUUUUCCUUCCCUUUUCACCUUUGUUGUCUUCCUUGUCUCCUUCCCUCCUUUUUAAAAAAACCUUUCCUCCCCCUCCUCUCCUCCUGUCCUGUACACUCUGUACACCCCCCCCCUUGUCCUGCGUACCUCAUGCUCGGGUGCUGGUGCUUUGGUGUCACCCCUCCCCAGCUCUCCCCCUCCAUGCUCCCACCUUUUUCCACACCCCCUGCCCCCUCGCCCGCUAACGGACCCCCUUCCCCAAAGUUUGGCCGGGACCCUCUGUCGUACUGUUUGAAGGAGAUCAAUAAGACAGUCAAACCCAGAAUCUCUUCCUUCCGGACGCUCAGGAGAUCGGUGAGUUACAUGAGGAAAAGGUUUGGGUGCCAGUAGACUCCCACUCUUAGGGGCCUGCACAUCAUCCCAUCCUAAUUCCCUAGAAGGCUCGGACAGUCACGUUAUCAAUAACAUGUAGCAGUCAUUGUGUCCUGUACAGUAGCUCUGUCUGCUCUCCUUCAUACUCAUACCUGUUACAGAAGUGUUAGAGUAUUUUCAGGGAAACGAAGAGCCAUGAUGAUGAGUGUUGUGAGAAGUUUCUGUACACAAACUGUUUCUUUUUCCCUCAGAAAUUUACCCCAGAGAGAAUCAUGGUAAAAAUGAACAACACGUUUGUGUGGGGGUGUCAGUUUAGUGGCACAGAAAAAAAGCCACCUCUUCAAUACUUAAACUUUAGCUAAAUUGAUUUUAAGAACUCUAUUUGAGAGUAAUACUGUUGUGAGGCAAAAUGUGGAGUCUUCUUUGAGUUUGUGUUGAGGAGGUGGCCACCUGGUGGUGGAGUAAGGGACGACUGCUCAGGGGCACAUGAGGAAACUCAUCAUUUCUUAACCUGGUUUAAAAAAAAAGGCAAAUUUGUUUCUUUCUUGGGUCACAUUUUUGGAUUUAGAUUUGUUUUUAACUUGUGGUUAGGAAAAAAAAAGUACUGUGUGCUGUUCUGUAUUUGUUUGGUGGUUGGUGGAUUUGGGUUCAGCUCAUUGUCACAGACGAGCAAGCUUUACUUAAAGCCGAGCAAAUGUGUAACUACAAGGUUUAAAACUUCUGUUUUAUCCGUUAAACAUUGUCCUUUGAGCUGAACUCAAACAACAGGCUUGGUGUUCCUUCUGAGGUGUGUUUUUCUCACCGCGGUUUCUGUGGUCAUGUGCAAACCGACGUUCAGUGUUAACCCGCCCUGUCCGUCAACUCUUUCAGCCCACGGUCACAGAGGAUUUCGCCCAUCUCCCCCCUGAGCAGCGCAGGAAGAGGUUACAACAGAGACUAGAGGAAAUUUGCAAAGAACUGCAAAAGGAAGUGGAUCAGAGGUGUGUGUGUGUGUGUGUGAUUGUGCAUGUGUGUGUGUGCAUCUAUGUGUAACUCUUUGUUUAUUAAUAGGCAUCUCAGCUAGAAGUGCCAAUGUGAUAUUCCUGCAGUGCACAUUACUGUGUGAAUAACUGUGGGGUGUCUGUGUGAGUGUUUGAAUUGUUUACACAGCCCUGAGCUUUGCAGGGAACCAAUUUCUACUGAAAGUCACCCCCCCCCUCCUCCUUUCCCCUCUUCCCCCCCUUGUUCCUCUCUCAUGUGUUCAGCGAGGCCCUGGGGAAGAUGAAAGAUGUUUAUGAGAAAAAUCCUCAGAUGGGAGACCCUGCUAGCUUGGCAUCCCAGAUCAACCAGACGUCCCAGAAUAUAGAGAGGCUCAGAGGAGAGCUCAAUAAGUACGAGGUAAUCCCAAUCUCUGCUUUUCAUAGGUCUCAUGAGAUCGUUAUUUAAUGUUAUGAUGUCAUAUGUGUUAGUGUCUUGAUAUAAGAUUUUACGAAGCAAUUUGGCUGUCAGCUGUUUUUCCAGUGUAUCAGGGGGUGAGUGCUUGUUGCUUAGGAAGCUGUAAUAUAGUUAGAAUUUACUGGCUCUUUACUGAAGUAGCACGAUGUAAUGAGGUCCUUGGCUGUUAAUGUAAACUGAUAGUAAAGCUGAAAACAUACAGGAUCCGUAUUGAGCACAUUCCGUAUUUGCAGCAGCAUUGGGUAUUGCAUACAGGAUGCGUAUUUGGGGCGUGGCAGCAGCGUAGUGUAGCCCCGGUCAGCUGGGCUCAGUAUAGAGGAAACAACAUGCUCUCAACAGGUUGUUUUGCCUUUCUGUGGUCUAUUUCCUGCUAAUUUAGAUGUAAUUCAGUGACCGUUGAGCCUCUACUGUAUGUGAAAAAGCUACGUGAUUUUACAGUGUCGUUUUUUUCAGGUUUACUCGUGUUUCAUAAAGUAAAUUAUGUUCCUUUAUGCUGUCCUGUUACCUUCAGACAGAGUUAGCCGUUAAAAGUCCUGUUAGGGUCCGUGCUUGACUUCCUGUCUAGGGCGAUCUUUUCUGUGUGGAUUGACGCGCAUUGGAAUCGUAGAGCAGCAAAAAUAGACUCACCGCGUGUCUUUAGCAGUGCUGCUCUCGAUACGAUGCUGCGACGGAGCUGAUACGCGUCCUGUAUGCUUUGCUGCAUCGAUCAGAAUGGCAACCUAUUUGCUGCGUGGUACGCGACGCUGCUGCCACACUCCAAAUACGCACCCUGUAUGUUUUAGCAUUAAGGCGGGCAUGUCCAAACUACUCCACAAAGGGCCGGUGUGGCUGCAGGUUUUUCUUCCAACCAAUCAAGAGCACGCAGUCUGACCAAUCAGCUGUCUGAAGACUGCGAUCAGCUGAUGAAAUGAAUCAAGUCUGGUGUGCUGCUGUUUGGUUGGAAGAAAAACCUGCAGCCACACCGGCCCUUUGUGGAAUAGUUUGGACGUACCUGCCUUAAGGUAAAUGGGGAGUUCUCAACAUUAAAGAACUUGUUUCAUGUACAGGUGUGGAAUAGUCAUGUGAACCACUCAUAUGUGGGCUUGUGAACCCAGUUAACCCAACUGGAGCUGUCUUAAUGUUUCAUCAACAACAAACAGUAUUUUUUUAUUUUACUCUUAUUCAGACGUGGCUAGCUGAGGCAGGAGGUCGAGGGGAGAGUCUGCGAUACAAAACACAUUCAUUCAACAACAACGGCGCUCAUGAUGCACACAAGUAAGUGACAGGACAUCAGGAUAACAGACAGUGCUUUGGUACCACAAUGUGUUUUCGCCUCUACAAAGGAGUCUCUCGUGUUUCAUUUUCCUGCAGCCCUGACGGAGCACACUCUGAUGAAAGCACUCCGGAUCCCUCACAGGCCAUCUACGCCGAGUUUGACGAUGACUUUGAGGACGAGGAACUCACUGCUCCUAUUGGGAAAUGCACAGCCAUGUACAACUUCCCCGGUAUGUCACAGGCUUCUUAGAUGUUUGCCUUUCUCUCUAUCCUUCGAGAGCAAGUGAACUCUGCAGAGGAGGGCAUGAAAAAUUGAUGACUGCUUGAAUAUCAUGAUAAAAGGGGAUCAGUUUUAUUCACAAGACAGACAUCUCCUUGCAAAUCAGGGGCCGUCCUGUAAAUUCGACUUGUAACAAAGUGAUUCACUCAUGUCUGUGUGUCGAUGUUGUUUUCCAAGCUGUGAACUUUUGACUUACCACACUUAGACGGAGGGGACUUGGAUGAUUACAGGUCUGGGAUAUAUUCUGUUAUUCAGUGUUUUUGCUCUUUCAGGUGCCAGUGAGGGGACCAUCUCUAUGCAGGAGGGAGAGGUGCUGGCUGUGGUGGAAGAGGAUAAAGGCGAUGGCUGGACCAGGGUCAGAAGGAACAAUGGGGAUGAAGGCUAUAUACCUACAUCCUAUGUCACCAUUACCCUUAAUGAAUGACACACAUUUGAGGAACAAGAGAAGAAGAAAUGAUCACCUCGCCAAACUGGAUGCACUCCCUCCAAUGGGACCAAUCACAAGGACGCCAAGGCACUGUGAGUGGACCGCCAAAUAAGGUGCCUCAUUUUUUUAAGAGAGGUGCCCUGGGUGGGCAGAGGGGAUGGUGCUCACAGUGUGUCCUUAUGGCUUACAUUACAUUAUCGUAGUUACAGAGGCCACCUAAAGCGCAGGCUUAUUUUACUGUUCAAAAUCUUGGCCACAAGAGUUUUCUAGUUUUGGUUAAAUAAAAAAAAAAGUGCUGCAGAGAUCUAAGACACCAUAAUGGUACGAGUGCUUAUUCCACAGCCUGUUAUGGCAUUUCCUUCCAAAUGUGAGACAUUAAAAAGGAGGAAAAGAAGGAGGAGGACGAGUGCUGCUGACAUCUUCAGACUGAGUGUUUGUUCCUGCGAGAAAGUUACCUCUCCUGUUUACUCUUUUCAGCGAGAAGUGGACGUGCUCUGACCCACAACAUCACUGAACCGACAGUUCAUAACCUACAUUUUUCAUUAGUCUCAAGCGUGCCACUUUCUAGGUUUACUAGCUGUUGUGAAGAUUUAAAGCACCAUCACUAUGCUCAAGGUUGACCUUAAAAUCUUAAGUGUCUACCCCGGGAUGAGUGAGGUUUUGUUGGAGACAGCUGUCCCUACCCGGUGAAUCACAUGGAAACGACACAAAACUCCAACAUUCAGACAAUCACAGAAAUAUCAUCAAUAUUUUUUUCUUUUUUUCACAGCAGUAACAAGGAUAUAACAAUAGUUUUCUAAUAGUAAUAAACUGAAAAGUGUACUAAGAAUAAUUUAUUACAAACUUGUAUGUUUUAUAAAUAAAAGUUUCAAGUUUAAGAGAAGUUUUACUUUAUAUUAAGGAUGUUCUCACCUUGCUCUUUUGCCCUUGCACACAAAGUGGACACUGUAGCCACAAAAGGGAGUAAAUAAUGCAAGCAUAUAGUGUGUUAUUUUAAGACUAUUGUAUUUAUGUAAUAAAUAAUAUAUAUUUUAGCUAUCACAUCACCACUGUUGUCUUAUUAGCUCUCUGAUCUAUGAAAUAAAGACUGUUUCUUUCGAGAGAAAACUAAAAUCUUUAGGUCUGUAGCUAAUGUCGUUUUCUAUGGGCUAACUAAACACAGUUUGAUCCACAUCUUGUUUGUAUGUUGUAAUGAUGCAAUGUUUCUUUGGUGCCUUUCUGGUUAAAAGCAUUUUUGUAUAUAUCAUUUUUGCAUGCAUUUUUUAAACCUUAAUAAAUGUAGAACACACUUAAAAGUAAGAUGUGGCAACUUUAUUUCUGAAAAAAUAAAUAUUUUAAAAAUACCAUUAUUGGGUCUGAAUAUUUUGUGCGAUUUCUUGAUGAAAAGCCUCCAGAAAUAAUGCUGCGUUCGGGUAACCUCGGAAGUCAGAUGUCGGAGCCGAAAAUGACGUCACGCCCAGUUCUCUGCUCGGUGUAUCUCGGUUGUGACGUGAUUUUCCGCUCGGGCUUCUGACUUUCGAGGCAACGCGAACGCAGCAUAAGCCAAUAAGAAUGCGAUUAAGUUCCUACGUAACAACUAGGUAGCCAAUGGUCGUGCGGCUUUAAUUAGCAUUAACCCACCCACUCAGAUUCAAAUGCAGUCACGCGUUUGCCGAAAAGCGACGAACAAGUUCUCCCAUGCCGAAGUGAAUCCAAUAAACUACACUGCAUUUCCGUAGGUGUACAGAAAAGUUUUUCAGACAAAAUGGACGACCUCUCAGUAUUUUCAGGCACCAAACUGUGCUAACACGUAUUAGAGUGGCAACCGCAGUCCAAAGC